CCCACCCUUAAAAUUCCCUGCCGCAAAGCUUUUGUCCAAUCCUCUCUACUCUCAACACAAGACUAGACAUCAACAGCAAAAUGGGUGUUUUCACGUUUGUUUGCAGAGAAUCCGGUUCCGAUUGGUCGGCGAAACAACUCAAUGGAGAUCUUGAGGCUACCGGUGACUGUGCCUUUACUCUCCAGCGCAACCUCGUUCAGGCCGCUCUCUCCGCCGCCUCUGGCGCCGUACAAUCCUCCUUCUCCUACGUCACUCCUAAAUCUGCCGUCUUUCAGGUGAUUGUUGGAGGCGGAGGUGGUGGCGCCUUUGUUGGAGGUGGUGGUGCUGCGGCUGCGGCCUCUGGUGGUGGUGGUGCUGCGGCUGCUGAGGAACCUGCAGCUGCGAAGGAGGAAGAGAAGGAUGAAAGUGAUGACGACAUUGGAAUGUCACUCUUUGACGAUUAGUUGAUUUACUUCCAGUUUUGCUCUUUAGGAUUUUGAGUUUUCUGAUGAUAUCGACUUUAUAGUGUUUAUCACUUUUAAAUGUUUAUGUUUGAAUCGUUCAUUUUUCAUCUUUGCCAAGUGAAUUGGGCUGAGUUUGUUAA